UUUAGUUAAAUUUAAAAUAUAAGUAGAUUAUACGUCUUCAACAUGCCAAAGUAUCAUUCAGGGGGAAGAAAUAAGGCUAGUGAGUGGAAUGAAGUGACCAUAUUAAGUGAUCAACCAAAUAGAGUAAUAUGUAAUUAUUGCAAAGUGAGCAUAAUUAAAAAAAAAGAAAGAGUUAAGAUCCAUUUGGAUAAAUGCAGAAGAAAGAAUAAACGAAGCAAUAAUAAUUCCGCUGAAGUGUUAAGUGAUAUAUCAGUUUUAGAGUCAAGGCCAUCUACAUCUGCAGCAUCAAAUAAGUCUAGCCUGUCUGAUGAUAAUGAGCAAGAUGGUUUAAGCUUUAUUAGUGAUUCUUUUUAUUCGUCAAUUGUUCAGUCAACUGCAAUGACGAUGCAACAGCAAACAUCUAUUUCUAAAUUUGUUACUACAACAACAAGUAAUCAGAAGGAUGAACUGGAUUUACAAGUUGCAAGAUUUUUCUUUUCAGCAAAUAUACCAUUCAACGUAGUAGAAAAUCUUGAAUUUACCAAGCUGCUUAAAAAACUUAGACCUGGAUAUGAGCCACCAAAUAGAAAACAGAUAUCUUCAGAACUCUUAGUAAAGAUAAAUGAAAAAGUAAUCAAUUUAAUGAAAAAUGAUCUUGCUGAUGAUAGUGCUGUUACCCUAAUUCAAGAUGGUUGGAGUACAUUCAGUAAUGAUCCUAUAAUUGCUCAUAGCAUCCAUAGUAAAAAUAAACCUUAUCUCAUUUCUGCAAUUGACACUGGAAGCCAAUCAAAAACAGCAGAAUAUUGCGCUCAAGCUGCUAAGGAUGCAAUUAAAAUUGAUAAAGAAACGUUCAAUAAAGAUGUAUUUGCAGUAUGCACUGACAACGAAAAUAAAAUGUCUAAAAUGAGAAAACUUUUGCAGGCUGAAGCCCCUAAGUUGAUAACAUUUGGUUGCUCUGCUCAUUUUUUAAAUUUGGUUGAAAAGGAUGUCUCUCCAAAGUCUAUAGUAAAGCAUAUUAUAGCAAUUCAUAAAUAUUUUUGUAAUCAUCACCAACCACAUGGUUGGUUAUUGGAAAAAGGUGGACUGAUGCCACAGCUACCUAAUGAUACUCGCUGGAACUCCCAACUAGACUGUUUACAGACAUACAUAUCUAAUCAUUCUCUGUACGUUGACAUUAGAGGUGAGCAUAUGGAAUCCAUUGAUCCUUCGAUAGGAAGCCUAAUUGACAAUCCAUCAAUACAGAGAGAAGCAAUAAAUUUAUAUGCACAACUGAAAAUUGUUGGUGUUGCGUUAGAUAAGUUGCAAGCAGACGAUACAACUUUGUCUGAAGCAGUUGAGAUUUGGCAAAGCCUCAUACAUAAUGAAAAAUUGGCUUUGUACAAAGAUGAUAUUUUAAAGAGGUUCAAGAAGGCAAUUGUUCCAUGUCAUUUUCUUGCCAAUUUAACAGAUCCAAAAUAUGAAGGAAGAACAUUGUAUAGAAGUCAAGAAGAAGAAGCUGAGGAAUGGUUGAAUGAAGUCUAUCCUGAAUUUAUGCCAGGCUGUUAUGCGUUUAAACUAAAAGAUGCUAAUUGUUUCCCAACAUAUUUAUUCAACGAUAGUGUUAAAAGCACAACAUCAGCAACAAAUUGGUGGAGAAUUAUAGAAAUGAAAGAAUCUAAGUCUUCCAAAUUGCCUGCAAAUUUUGCAAAAUUUUACGGCAGUUGCACACUUGUCCAGCUAGUACUGGAUCCAUAG